AUGAUGCGUCUCAUGAACGACCUUACAGAUGUAGAGGGGUGGAUGUCAAAGGUAUUCGACGAUGCGUUUGUAGAGAACUGGAAGAAAAGAGUACGGGCUAAAGAAGACGACGUGAGCGAGCCAAUGCUCGACUGGCUCGUCGAAGAACUUAGGUUCAAGGCACAAAUUGCCAGAUACACCGACGCCAUCAACAUCCAUAAUGGAGACGUGGUCAAGUCGGACUCGGUCGUCCUCCGCGACCUGGCCAAGGACACCAAACAGGCCGUAAAACCUCUGGAGAAGAUGGAGGAAUAUGCGCUGGGGUAUAACCUCGGAUCCGACGAAGGGGAGCGGGAUUACGUCCAUCCUUCGUUCUUCCCUCUGGUCUACGGGCGAAGCCGUAUUCUUCGGGAUCGAACCAUCGGAAUCGAUGAUGCCAUUGCUGCCAUCGGGCAAGGCGAUAUCAUCCCCGUCCCAAAGGAUCCGGCAACUACACUGAGUUCGCGGGUUGCUCAACAGGCAGAUAUUUAUGUGAAACCGUACAGCUCGAAUAUUCAGUGGCUUCCCUUUGACGUGCGCUUCCGCGAAGAUGGUGGUUGCUAUAUCGCCAGUUAUAUCAACAACGUCCACCCGACCAAAAACCGGGAUGUGUACCAUGUCAUCGAACGGGUGCUCGAAAAAAUCAUCCCGAUGUGGAACAUGACUCUGACUCCGUUGAAAGACAUGCUGCACUCACGAUCCCGGAUCGAGUACCGCCGAGCCGAAUAUGAGAAGCGUGAGCAGGGCACCGGGCCAGAAUAUCCGCAGAAAUUGGUGCGCGAGACCCAGCACGAACUCGAUGACCGGAUUUACGACUGGAGAGGGGGCUUUUACAAAGUCAUCCAGCCCGAGCCGGGGAGAUUUGCGCCUAUCGCUAUGCCGGUCCAACUUGCGGAAGGGCUUCCACCGGAAGAAAGGAACAAGCACCGCAUUGAGGCGCAGAUGGAUCUCCGACAUGAUUACGGCGAUCGGGGUCUGCAGGUGAUUCUGAGAAUCCACAAUGCCCGGCUGAGUCCUGCCCACCCAGAGAUGGUCACUAAAUGGCAUGUUGAGGGCCAAAUGAAUGAGCAUAUCUGUGCAUCAUCGCUCUACUUUUUUGACAACGAGAACGUUGAGGAUCCUCUCGUCGAAUUCCGCCAGGCGUCCGAUGUCGAACCGCUGCAGGAUGUCAUCUACGACAAGGGCGACUCCCUCUGGCUGGAGCAGGUCUUUGGACUCAAAAACAACGAACCUGCAGUCCAGGAGAUCGGAGGCAUCACCUGCAGGGAGGGCCGGGCGGUCACUUGGCCGAAUAUCCUGCAGCACCGAGUGACCGUUCGACUCAAGGAUCGCAGCAAGCCUGGACACUGCAAGGCGGUGAAUCUCAUGCUGGUCGACCCCAACAUCCGAAUCAUCUCGACGUCCAACGUGCCACCCCAGCGGCUCGACUGGAAGGAUGAGUCGGAAGGCUUGCAGGAGCUAUUGGCCGACCUUUCCGUAGACGAGCAGGUGCACAGGCUGAAGCGAGACGAAAAUUUUCCCUGGACUGUGCAAGAGGCGAUGGAGUUCAUGAAAAAGGCGAGGGAGGAACGCGAGGCUUUCAAUCAUUAUCAAGAUGUGGCCUUCCGCUCGAGGACUGUGUCUAUCUGA